GUUUUCGAAAAGUCUCUAGCCAUCUUUGUGCAGUUAUUGGAUAAGUUCAAAAUUCAUCUGAAGUUACAAAUCGAGGUCUUCUUCAAGGAAAUAAUCAUAUCAAUGCUCGAGUCAUCGUCAUGCUCAUUUGAACACAAAUGGAUUGUGCUUCAUACUAUUGGUAAUGGUAAAAUUCUUGCCAAUCCGCAAUCUGUGGUGGACCUGUACGUGAAUUAUGAUUGUGAUUUGACCGCGCACAACGUGUUUGAGAACCUGGUUGAUGUGGUUUCAAAAACUGCUAGGACCUCCAUCAAUGAAAACUCUCCGGUCAUUCAAAAAGAACGGCAAAGAACGUGCAAUGCGAUUGCUCGGUUUGAGCUGUUUGACGGAUCUUCUACAGUGUUUAGUGGAUUGGUUCGAUGUGUGUGA